AUGAUAGAUAUAGGUUGUGAUGAUAUAAUUGAUAAGAAUGUUAAUGUGGAACUACUUACCUUUGCUUUGAUACUUUCUAUUUCCUCAACAUGUCUAUGCCGUGGCCUUGUGGAAGACACAUCAGGUGGAUUCAACGUGCUUGACUAUGGGGCAGUUGGAGACGGUCAAACUGAUGAUUCCCAAGCUUUUUCAAAAGCAUGGACAGCUCUAUGUCAAACUAAAGGCACCCCACAGCUUAUAGUACCAUCAGGAAAGAAAUUCCUAUUGAUGCCAGUGAUGUUCCAAGGACCAUGCCAGUCCAACAGUGUCCAAGUUCAGAUUUUAGGGACAAUGUUAGCACCCAAUUCUAUGGAUGGAUGGAGAAACUGUUCUACAAACUGUUGGUUACGCUUCUCAGGUGUGAGCAAUCUUAAUGUCAGUGGUUCAGGAACGAUUGACGGCAGGGGUUCAACUUGGUGGAACCACCUUCGAUUGAAUCACAUCUUUGCAUUACAGUUUAAUCAUUGCAAUAAUCUUCAGCUAAGUGGAUUGACUCAUCUUAAUAGUCCAAAAAACCAUAUUAGUCUAACCGCUUGCAAUGGUGCAUCUCUCUCUUAUCUGCACAUAUCUGCUCCUGCAUCAAGUCCAAACACUGAUGGAAUUGAUAUUUCUUCCUCAACCAAUAUUAAUAUCCAUGACAGUGACAUUGCAACUGGAGAUGAUUGUAUUGCAAUCAAUGGAAAUUCCGCUCAUAUCAAUAUCACCGGAAUUAAUUGUGGCCCUGGUCAUGGUAUAAGCGUGGGAAGCUUAGGAAGAAAUGGAGCUCACGAAACAGUAGAAUAUGUGUAUGUCCAGCAUUGUAACUUUACUCAAACUCAGAAUGGAGCAAGGAUCAAGACAUGGCCGGGGGGUUCGGGUUAUGCAAGGUAUAUCUACUUUCAGCAUAUCCAACUUCAGCAAGCCUCCAACCCCAUCAUUAUUGACCAGUUUUACUGUGAUUAUUUUUGUAUAAUGAGGCAGUCAUCAGCAGUAAAAGUGAGCAAUGUGACAUACAUGGAUAUCAAAGGAACAAGCGGUAAUCAGCAGGGGAUUAUUUUCAAUUGUGACCAAGAAGUGUGCACUAACAUUAUAAUGGACCACAUCAACAUAAGAUCAUCCAAUGGAGGUAACGUUUCUGCCACUUGCAAAAAUGUCAAGGGACAGUCUAGCUGCACCACACCUGAAGUGCCUUGCCUAAGCAGUAACAACAUCAAUGAUGAUUGUGAUAAUCAAAAAAGGAACAUAUUUGCUCCUACCAAUUAUCUCCAUUGA